AUGAAAGCCACAACUCUGGUUUUGGUUGGACUUGUGACACUCACUUGUGUCUCAGCACAAUUAAACACCAUAUUAAAUGACCAAGCGCUCUUGGGAUCAAGUUACAAUAACUGGGCUACAGCCUACGGUAGACAGGGAUUCGUUCAAAGCGGCGGAGGCAGUUCAAUCUGGAACUCACGUCAAGCAAACGUCUACAAUUGGAACCGUGGUAGAGCUGCAGGUUCAUACAUUAAACAAGCAAAUGGUUACUCAUGGGAUUCAUACGAUGACUUUACCAAUGGUCAUUUGGGUUCAAACAACGUUGGUUUCAAUCAAGUAAAUGCUACUAAGAAGCCUGGACACCGUGGUCUACAUGGUGGUAAAUUGGCUGGUGUCAUCAUCGGUUCAGUCGUUGGUGGUUUCAUCAUUUUAGCUGGUAUCGUAUCUGCCAUUCUCGCCUGGAGACGUCAUCGCGCAAAGAAGAGAGGAACUAUGUACGCCGACUACCGUUCAAACUACCAAACCGAACGUCGUGAUCCAUACCUCGAUCGUAAUGCUCCACAAGAAUACUACCGUGAAUCUCACCGUAACACUCUCAACCAAGGUUACGUCAAUGAGACCACUGCCUCUGAUCGUUUCCAAACUGAAAACUUGCGUACCUAUCAAGAUCGUGAUGUCCUCGUACCACGUCCAGGUGAUAGUGUAUCCUUCCACAACUAA